AAGGACGCCUCUUUGGUCUGAGACUUCGAUACGGCUCGUGCUUUACGUGCGGAGACCUCAGUCACAGGAACGAGGCUGAACAUUUGCUGCACAGCCACAACCACGCAGACCGCUUAACCAGGCCACUGCUACAGACUACUAGUAGACAAGAAACCAUGUCCUCGAAGAGCCUAAAGUUUGGUAACCAUGACUACAAAGAAGCAUUUGACGCGGAGAUAUAUCUAGAUAUGUACUAUGGCAGCUUGAGAAGCGAGAUAGCGGCAGGAGAACAGAUACCUUUCAUGCUCCGAUCCUUCCAUGACGUUUUCAGCAAAGGGGAGAUAACCGGGAAGAGACUUCUGGACAUCGGAACAGGCCCGUCCAUCUUGAGUAUCAUUAGCGCGUCCCAGUACUGUGACUCCGUCUACCUGAGUGACUUCUUACCUCAGUGUAGGGGUGUCCUCCAGGAGUGGGUCGAUGGUCAGCUGGCGGACAAAUUCAACCCUUUCUUAGAGUUUGUGAUCAACCUUGAGAGGACAGGGGAAACAGUGACAAGUCGUGAAAACAAAAUCAGAAGCAAGAUAGCUGGAAUUUUGCCAUGCGACCUAUACAAGGAACAGCCUUUUGAACCAGGUCACUUGUCGCCCUUUGACGUCGUGACAACGUCGCUUUGUCUGGAAGCCGUCUCUGAAGACGUCUCUACCUAUGGCACAUUUGUGAAACGUAUAGCUGGACUUGUUGGAAAAGGAGGCUACGUGAUAAUGUAUGCAGUGUUGGGAGAUACCACUUACUACGUAGGGGAGGAAGAGUUCAAGUCUCUGUCUAUCUCCAGGGAGCAGGUUGAGAAGAUAUGGACAAAUGCUGGCUUUACGAUCACAUAUAGCCGGGUGAAUGCCCUUCCAGAAAACGAGAAGACCAAGUAUUGCGAGUUUGAAGCGUGGUAUAUCAUGGCAGCAAGGAAACAGUAGCGGCCCGUGCUAUUUUCGAGGGGAACUCUAACGGAUUAGCCAAUAUCAUCUUCUGCCUGAUGCUGGUGAAGGACUCGACCGCUGAAGAUCCGGGUUAGAAUUGAUCUUCAGUAACCCAUGCUUGUCGUAAGAGGCGACUAACAGGAUCGGGUGGUCAGGCUCGCUGGCUUGGUUGACACAUGUCAAAGUAUCCUAAUUGUGUAGA